AUGACUACACCUCAGAUCCACAUAGAAGAAGUAGUAGGUGAAGAAGGAGGGUACUUAGGGGCAGCCCCUCCUCCUGACGACCACCUUCUGAGCCUGAAAGUCCUCACAGAGAAACUGAGGCUGCAGACCCGGAGGCCUUCCUACCUGGAAUGGCAGGCCAAGCUAGAGGAGCAGACAUGGAAUUUCCCCAGGUCUACUGAUGAGCAGGAGGGGAAAGAACCAAGGAAAUCCAGAGAAGAGGAGUUGCCUCCCCUAAGGAAGCUGCAACAGCAGCUACAUGGGAGUAACAGCCAGGACCAGCCACCUCUGACCACUAGAAAACUGGAUAGCUUUGAGAGCAUUGAUGAAGCUUUGCAUUGGCUAAGGAAGGAACUGGCAGAGAUGCGGUUGCAGGAUCAGCAGUUGGCCCGGCAGCUGAUGCGCCUGCGCAGUGACAUCAACAAGCUGAAGAUUGAGCAGACCUGCCACCUCCACCGGAGGAUGCUCAAUGAUGCCACCUACGAGCUGGAGGAACGGGAUGAGCUAUCUGACCUCUUCUGCGACUCCCCCUUGGCCUCCUCCUUCAGCCUCUCCACCCCGCUUAAGGUCAUUGGAGUGACCAAGAUGAACAUCAUAAACACCCGCAGGUUCUCCCUUUGCUAAGGAGAAUGAGAUGUGGAGGUCACCAAAAGGGGAGUGGUGGCAGUAAAGGGUUGGCAAGGGAGAUACACAAGCUAGGAUACCUGGCAGCAGCAGGGCAAGUCCCAUGUGGAGGUAGAGAGGUUUCCAAGCAGGGCCAAGCUUCCCCAAGGAGCUUCCAGGUCCUGCUGAUGACUGGGUUGUGCUGGGGUGACUUGGAUCCACCAGAAAUGAGAAUCUAGCACUCUCAAGUAGAUGUUAAUGGGGUCAUGGAAGCCUUCAAGACUUCUUAUCCACUUAAUAUCUGAGUGAUCCUUCUAUAAAACUGCUUUACUAGUGAUAAUGCUAUAAGAGAUUGGUUCCUUCCAGCCUCUUACUGUAGCCUCCCCUCCAUUCCAUGCCCACGUGCCUGUGAAACAAAUCACUGGUGCUAUGACCAGGGCUCCCAAAGGGAGGAAAAAGUCUCCCUGCCCCAGGCACUGUGG